GCGGCGCGGUCGGAGGCGCGGUGCGGGACCCGGGGAGUGGGGCCUGGCCGUGCGCUUCGCCCGCGCCGUCCCGGAGCUGUCCCGCCCUGGGAAGAGUUGUGGGAGAUGGCACCGCUUUGCUCUCUGCCCCUGUCGCCGCGUGAAGGGGAGAAUCAUUUUGGAAGCCAGGACUCGGACCGAUGGGCCAGGGCCUGUGCAGCCGUGGGUGCGAUAGCGCAGUGCCGGCUGCGUCCGAGCGCGAUCCUCCGGCAAGGGCAGAGCUGCCGACCAGCGCGCCCCAGGCUCGGUCGGGUUCAAGGCGACACUUGAGGAUGGUACCAUCCUCGGCUGUGGUGAACCCCACCCAAGGUGUGAGCCUGGGAGCGGCCGGCCUCCUCCGCCGGACCAACUCGGUGACGAGCCUGCUGUCGCUGGUGGCCUUCGGUGCGGACCCACUGUGUGCCUGCCAGGCUCUCGGGAACUCCACAUUCGUGUGCUCAGACAGACAUCAGCUUUGGAUGAACGUGGCUGAGCACCUCCGGGAAACUGGACGCCUGUCGUGGCCUUCGGAAGACGCUCCAGCACCACGUGGCCGGUCCUUGCCCCGUGUCCGGCUGGCAGGGCAGCCCAGGAGGCCUCAUCCCUCUGCCUGGACGCCUCGGUCCUCAGCUGAUGCCUGGAGCUCGGAUGGCUGUGCCCCGCUCAGGUCAGGGAGCGUGCGAAUGUUGGAACUCAGAGCUCCCCACCCGCUCCGUCCGGCGCCACCCUGGGCUGGGUCAAGAAGUGGCGCUGAGAUGGGAGUGUCUGCCUGAGGCCAGCGUUCCUCAUGGGGAGCCCAGCCGGGGGGCCCAGCCGGGACCCCCAGGAGGCCCCUGUGCUGUGGGACACCAGCCCACCCUGGCCUCGGUGUGGCAACUGUCCCAGGACACGGGUCAGCACAGCUUGCUGUGCACGCCCCUCCGGCCGUCCUGGUGCUGGGAAGCAAGGAACCCCAGCGGGAGGAUUGUGACGGGGAGGGGCACGGUCAGGGCUGUGUCUGUGGUGCCCUGUGACCUCAGCCGUCACGGAGGACCCUUGGCCACCCUCUCCUCAGCCCCCGUCCUUAGAGGUGGGCUGGCUCUGUCCUUGGGGACCCCCUGGCCCUGACUGCCGGUGGGAGUUCAGGCAGAGACAGUGGGACGGGACCCUGA